AUGCCGCCUGUCACAGCAUCAGUCGAGGUGCUGCUGAACUUGCAACUAGCUGAAGGCAGGUGCAGCAGGCAGGACAGCCACAACUCAUGCGCGGGCUCAGCAAAGGUCCGAGUGGAUACGGGUCUGACAAACAUGGGUGUCCUCCAGCUCCACAACCCUACUCACCCCAGCACGCUUCUGCAGCGAGCCAACCAGAUGCGUCUGAGUGGCACUUUAUGUGAUGUCAUCAUCACAGUGGAUGGCCAGGAGUUCCCAGCGCAUCGCACCGUCCUGGCAUGCACCAGCAAAAUGUUUGAGAUUUUGUUCCACCGCAGCAGCCUGCGCUACGCCCUGGACUUCCUGUCCCCCAAGACCUUCCAGCAGAUACUAGAGUAUGCCUACACCGCCUCGCUUCAGGCCACAGCUGAGGACCUGGAUGACCUGCUGUACGCCGCAGAGAUCCUGGAGAUCGAAUACCUGGAGGAGCAGUGCCUGAAGGUGCUUGAAACCAUCCAGGCAGAGGAGAGUGAGGAGGUGCCGGUGAGGAAUCACAGCUCCGGAGAGCACAGUGACCACAGCAGGGCCCGGCACUGGAGGCACAUGUUGAUGUCCAAGAAGCAUUCCAUACAGGACGGACCCACCCGGACCACUCCCACUGCUCUGCACAACCUGGCACUCUACCACAUGACAGAUAGGAGCUCUCCUGGUCCAGAGUCUGUGGUGGCACCUGAAUUAAGCCCCAAACUGGACAUGGAGGUGGACAUGGAGAGUUCCCAGCAGCGCCAGCGUAACAGCACAGAGUCUCAGGCUGCAUCUCUGGAUCCUGCCAGAAGUAUUAAAUCAGAGAGCAUGCAGGUGGACGAUGCCAACGGCUGUGAGGGCCGGUCCUCCAGCACCGGGGAGGGAAGCUGUGUGUCAGACCAGCCCAGAGAUGAGGGCCCAGGGACGCCUCUGAGGGGCAGUGUGAUAACCAGCGCCCGAGAGCUGCACAACAGCCCCGAGGAUGGAGGACAAGCUGUGGGGAACGCUCUGGACUGUUUCCCCGGGAUCGCUGAGAAACAUCUGGCCUCCUUAUACUCUUUGCCCUCCAACCACACAGGGGAGGGGAUGCUGCCAGUGUCCGUCUCAGUGGCCCCGUCACUGGGUGUGCCACUUGACCCAAGGGCCUACGGCGGACUGCUGCAUCAGGGUCUCCUGCACAGGGAGCUUCUGAACAGACUGGGCCAGUUUGCAGCGGGGAUGAGGCACGAGGGCCAGACUCAGGGCCAGCAGUGCUGUGGAGAGUGUGGGCUUCAGCUGCACAGCCGGCAGGCCAUGGAGCAGCACAGGAGGCUGCAUAACGAGGAGAAGGGCCACGGCUGCGAGUACUGUGGCAAACACUUCCAGGACAGCAUGCGUCUGAGGAUGCACAUGCUGUCUCACACAGCUCCUGCAGAGGCGCUGGUGUGUGAUCAGUGUGGAGCAACUUUCUCCUCAGAAGAUGCUCUGGAAGCCCACAGGCAAACACACACAGGGACUGACAUGGCGGUGUUCUGUCUGCUGUGUGCGAAGCGCUUCCAGACCCAGAAGGCCCUGCAGCAGCACAUGGAGGUCCAUGCAGGCAUGCACAGCUACAUCUGUAGCCACUGUGAGCGACCCUUCCCCAGCCACACCACCCUCAAAAGACACUUGCGCUCGCACACGGGCGAUCACCCGUUUGAGUGUGAAUUCUGCGGGAGCUGUUUCAGAGACGACGGCACACUGAGGGGCCAUAAACGCAUCCACACAGGAGAGAAGCCUUACGAGUGCAACGGCUGUGGGAAGAGGUUCAGCCUCAAACACCAGCUGGAAACACACUACCGAGUACAUACAGGUGAGAAGCCAUUCGAGUGUAAGCUGUGUCACCAACGGUCUCGAGACUACUCGGCCAUGAUCAAGCACCUGCGCACACACAACGGAGCGUCUCCGUACCAGUGCACCAUCUGCCAGGACUUCUGCCCUAGCCUGGCCGCCAUGCAGAAGCACAUGAAGGGCCACAAACCCGAGGACGUGCCGGCCGACUGGAGGAUAGAAAAGACUUACCUGUACGUCUGUUACGUCUGAGCAGGACUUGGACUUGAGCACGGUGCGACACACAGGGCCACUGCUGGGUGAAAACCUCGCAACUCCCGUGUCCCUGAUUUUUCAAGCUGAAAGAUUACAAAUGUUUGUCUGUGGGUUUAAAAAAGUACAUCAGACUCUUUUUGUUCAACUUAAAAAAAUGCAUUGUGGGCUAUUGUUGAAGUUGUCAUUCUGGGAGAUACAAGGUCUCUCUUGACAGCAGAGACAUGCAAGCAAUAAUAAAAUGUUGACACUAGGGCUGCACCAGUUUCUUUAUCAAUUAGAUUAUUUUUACUACUAAGUGAUUCAUCUGAAAAAUGUCAGAAAACAGUCACACGUUUGUGUCAAGGUUUCAUCUUCAAAUUGCUAUUUUUGUCGCACCAACAGUCCAGCCCAGUGAGAUUCAGCUCACAGUGAUACAAAACAGAGAGAAGCAGCGAAAUCUCACAUGUUAAGAAACAGGAAACUCAAAAUAUGUCUAAUAUGAUUGACAGACAACAACGGUUUCCUAAGAAACACAUGUUCUCCCUCCCUCACAUGCACCGUUUGAAUAAAACUGUAACUCUAAUGGUUCCACUGUGGUAAGAUUUCGAGCCACAAUGGCUGCGACUGCUGACCUGUACGUGUUUUUGAUUGAUUGAUUGCUAAAGCUGACAACAUGAGUCAUCUCAGUGAUUGUGCACUAGAUGUUGAAAAUAAUUCCAUGAAGGCUUGACUGGCUGAACUUUGCAACACUUUAUCUCCUAAAUUCUUGUGACUUCGCAGUUUGUUUGUUUGUUUGUUUUUUCCAUUGUUGGGCUUUUUUUAUUUUGAAGUUGUUUACUUUCUGCAUGUUUCACUUGAACGGCUGCCACGUUUUGACCUCAUGAGCUUGAUCUCUUUAAUUGCCUUGUCUUUUUCUUGCCGUGGGUGAUAUUAUUUCAAGGUAGCUGGCUUACAAUUUGAGUUUUCUCCUGCAAUCUAAGAGGUCUUGCUAUUUAUAUGUUGUUUAUUUGUUACCAAAUACGUGCUGGUUUCUUCUUCACACACUUUGUGUCUCUCGGGAUGAUUUCUAGUGGAGCGAGCUCUACCUCCUCACUCUUCACUGUUUGUUUAACCUACUGCAAAGUAUUCAUCCAUCUGUAGUUUUUUUUUUAUUUCAAAGCAGAUAAGUCAUGAUUAUAUGGUCAAACAGUGUGUAAAAAAAAAAAGCCUCAACAUGGCUUGUAUGUGUAGUUUUGUAUCUUUAACUAUAUAUAGAUGUCUUAUAAAAUCACAAAAUCAGAAUUUUCUAGGAGAACAUUGAAGAAAAAAUGAAAAGUGUUUUUUUUUUUGUUUUUUUUUACAAACGCUGAGAAGAAAAUUCUGACAUUGAAUCACUAUGAGCAGGUAAUUGUCAGUUAUAGUGUAGCUGUAAUGUACAAACUGUCAUUGUAUGUUAUUCCCUUAUGUGAGCCUAAUACAGGCCUUAUAGAACAAAACAUGUUGUAUUUUUGUAUUACAGUAAUUUGCUAUCUGUUUACAUUUGGUAUGAUUUGAGAAACAUCUUAAUGUGUGUGUUUUCUAAGUCUGAUUCGAUCAAGAUCCCUCCCUCGUGCCUCUUUUAUAAGUAGAGCAUUGAUGUGCUUGAGUACAUGGGUCUGUGCUAUUGGUAGUCGUUUCUGGGUGUUUGUUUAUUGUUACUUAUGUGAUUAAAGAUUAACUGCCAUGUACGUCCACUUUGUCUGAACAUGCAACUGGAGGCAACAUACUGUGAUAUUGGCUGGUACUCUGAGACAAGUGUGUACACUUACAGCGAAAUCUCGUGGAACUCGCAUCAAAUUGUUCCCUUCAAAGUGACAAUGGACGCGGAUCUUUGGAUUUAAAAAAAAAAAAAAAAAAGUGUGUCUAGCAAAUCUUGGCAUCUGUGGGCAUUAACACUGCCUUCCUAUGAAGCCGACAACGCUCAGUGCCAUGAAAACACACAUUCACUGUAUCUAAUCUACAUGAACAUGCACUAUAAAUGGAUUUCCUUGGUGGACCAAAAGAAAUAGAGCACUUUUGUUUGAAAAGGGUUUUUUCUUUGAUCUUUCUAUGUUGUGAUAAUGCAGAUGUCCUUUUAUUUGAUGUGUCCUAGAACGAUGUGAUUAGCAUUGUUUAGAUUAUGUCAAUGUCUGUCUACCUCAGGGCCAGAUCAAAGCUCGACCUGGUGUCCAAUCAGGGUUGUUCUUCUUGCCAUGUGUGCAGUAAAAUCCCUCUUCAUUACAGCUUUGUAACACAGUGUGUGAAAGUGUUUUCUCAGUGUGGAUUCAGGCACAACUCUGUAUGCGUCAGUGUUCGGUGGCAUGGUUAAAAAAAGAAUAAAACAAGUUACUAUUUUAUGCA